UACCUUUUAAUUGUAUCAUUCAAGAAGCGUCUCCUGGUAGUAUGAAAGAGAAAGAUAAGCGCUCAGGUAAUUAAGGUUCCUUCCUCCCAUGGAGUGCGAACUCAAGGUCCUGAAUUCGAAGCCGCCCAAAUCCAGUACAAAACAGCCCGAGCCUGCUCACCGUGAGGCCUCCACCACCGACGACCGUCCUCGUCUCGAUUCCCACGCUAAUGUCUCCUCUGACAGUCUCCAAGAGCUUGAGAACAAAUUCGCUCCCUACGUCAGACGCGAUGUUUACGGAGCCAUGGGACGUGGACCCUUGCCGAUGAAGGAGAAGCUCCUGCUAGCUCUGGCAUUGCUCACAUUAGCACCUAUUAGGGUGGUCCUGAUCAUCGCCAUCUUGAUCUUGUAUAACUUCAUUUGUAGGAUCUGUACACUAUUCUCCGUCCCUUAUCGGGUGGAUGGAGAGGAAGAUUACGCCCACUUGCGCGGAUGGAGAAAGUCUGUGAUUAUUUGGUUUGGCAAAGCUCUCCCCAGGCUCAUCCUUUUUGUUCUCGGGUUUUACUGGAUCCAUGAGACCUAUCGGACUCCGCAUACUGAUGAAAAGCCCACCACUGAGAAGAAAGGAAAGAACCAAUCUGCAGAGAUGGGAAGACCUGGAGUAAUAAUAUCUAAUCACGUGUCAUACCUGGAUAUUUUGUAUCACAUGUCUUCCUCAUUCCCAAGUUUUGUUGCAAAGGCAUCAGUGGCUAAACUUCCCUUAGUUGGUCUCAUCAGUAAGUGCCUCGGCUGUGUCUAUGUUCACCGGGAAUCAAAGUCAUCAGACUCCACGGGUGUUUCAGGUGUUGUCACUGAAAGGAUUCAAGAAGCUCAUCAGAAUAAGGUUUCCCCAAUGUUGCUAUUUCCAGAAGGUACAACCACAAAUGGCGACUUUCUUCUUCCAUUUAAGACUGGUGGUUUUUUGGCAAAUGCGCCUGUGCUUCCUGUAAUUCUAAAAUACCGUUACCAGAGAUUUAGCCCUGCCUGGGAUUCUAUAUCUGGGGUGCGCCACAUAGUUCUCCUCCUCUGUCAGUUUGUAAACUAUAUGGAGGUGAUCUGGUUACCUGUCUACUAUCCCUCCCAGUUAGAGAAGGACGAUCCCAAACUUUAUGCUAAUAAUGUUAGAAGUUUGAUGGCUGCUGAGGGUAAUUUGAUUCUUUCAGAUAUUGGGCUGGCUGAAAAGCGGAUAUAUCUUGCUUCUCUCAAUGGUAAUAAUAGCCCACGUAGCGUUAUGCAUCAGAAAGACGAAUGAUAAUUUCAUGGCGUACCUCUCAAAUGAUAUGUUGAUACCUUCGAGUUCCAUAGUUUCGAACUUGGCAUUUGCACUUGAAUUGACAACUUAUGCGAGGGUGCUUACAACCCAUACUUGCUCAAAUAUCCCAAUGGUAUUUGUGUAUUUUUGUUGUAAGUAACAUGGCCAAUUAAGUGUUCUUAAUUGCUGGUGAACUCUUGUGAACUUGAAGCAUCCAUUUCAAGAGUCACGCUGGUUGUUGUAGAAAUGUUCAAUGUGAUGAAUGACCUGAGCUCUUCCGGAAGCACCACGUGGUCUUAAAUCUGAAUCUUCUAUUUCGUGUUUCGGCAA